AUGGCCUCUCAACAUCAAGACAUCGUACAUCAAGAUAACAAUUCAGACGAGAGUCAAUACAUGAAAUAUGUGUUAUUAUCAGACAACAAUUCUACAUUGUCGAAUUCUCCAACUCAUCCAACAAAAACUCCAACAAAGAAAGUUGCUCUUGUCAGACACAAGCUAGCUAGCAAGAAGAAAACUACAUCUCCAUCUGUUAGUGUGAAUCGUCAUUCACAACAGCCAAUUUCUGAACCUGUUAUCCAACCAAAAACCCAAAUCGAUGGUGGAGCAUCACAAACACCAGACUACUGGCGCAUGCUACUUCUUGAAGCAUUCGAGGACAAACUCGGUGGUUCAGGUAACAUGUAUACAAAUGACGAACUUUACAACUUCAUCAUCAACCAAUCCUCUCUCAGCAUCACGACCGCCAGUGAGUGGAAAGCUCGAAUCAACACUCUUCUUCACAAGUUCGAGCAAUUCUUCACGCCUCUAGACUCAUCUUACGGCGCCGAUAAGAUCAAGUCUAAAGGUUAUAAAAGAGUGUUGGAAGUUUUACACAAGCUGGCGUGUGUGAGUAAAGCUGCAAGAAUGCAACAAGAGUUCAAUUUUCAAUUCACUCUGGACUCCUUAGAAUUAUGUGAAUUGUUAUCUAGACUCUUAAUGGUGUUUAUUAAUGAAGGAACAGAGAAUAACUCUUUCGAAGCCGCUGAUGAUUUCAUCUCGGGAUACAUUGCCACUGAUAAUUAUUUGGAAAUGACAGAGAAGGAGAGAGAGAAAAUCAGAAAGAGAGUUCAACAAAAACACCAAGAAGAUGCUAUUAAGAAUGUUAACUCAUUCGUUCAGAAGUCGAUGAAUGGUAGACUACGAGAGAAAGAUCAAUCCACAAGAUUACCAUAUGAGUAUUAUUGUUGCUUCCCAUCACCAGAACAUAUUAAUUAUAUUGUUAUUGGUGAAUUUGAAAGAGCAUGUCGCACAUUUGCCAUGCUUUCAGAUGCUGAAUAUGAAGCUCCAACCAUUCAUACUCUAUUGUUUAAUUUGAAUAUACCUGGUAUUGAAGUUUUACUUACAAAAGAAUUCAAAUUGAAACAAUAUUCGAAUAAUGACAUUGUGGAAUUUGAUAAAUUGGAGCAGCAAUGGAACAGAACACAUCAACCACACAACAUGCUGCAAAAUUUCAAAAACAAACAAUCCAACGCACAUAUCACCAUUGGAGGAAUUACCUAUCACAAACAACAAAUUGAAAAACCAGAAGCAAAUGACUCUCAAUUCCGAAUAUUUAAGCAUUGGUGA